CCCGGGAGCCGCGGCGCCCACUGCCCCCCGCAGCGGGGGAGGAGGAGGGACCGCGGCGCAGGAAGCCGAGCAGGAAGCGAGCCCGGCCGCCGCGUUUUCCUGGGGAAGCGGCGGGUGGAGCGGAGCCCGCGGGCCCGGGAGCCGCCGCCCGAUGGGAAACAUUCAUUGAUUGUAUGCUGUUGGCCAGUGACUGAGUAUAAGCAAAAUGAAAAUCCUACCCUGAAAAUCCUCCAUCCCAAAGUGUUGAAAAAAUUUCUAGAGCUUUGGAAAGCUGAAUGGACUAAACAUGAAGAGCUUGAAAGCCAAGUUCAGGAAGAGCGACACCAACGAGUGGAACAAGAAUGAUGACCGGCUGCUACAGGCUGUGGAGAAUGGAGAUGCGGAGAAGGUGGCCUCCCUGCUGGGCAAGAAGGGAGCCAGUGCCACCAAGCAGGACAGCGAGGGCAAGACCGCCUUUCAUCUUGCUGCUACAAAAGGGCAUGUGGAAUGCCUCAGGGUCAUGGUGACACAUGGCGUGGAUGUGACUGCCCAAGAUACUGCCGGACACAGUGCUUUGCACCUGGCAGCCAAGAACAGCCACCACGAAUGCAUCAGGAAGCUCCUUCAGUCUAAAUGCCCAGCCGAAAGUGUUGACAGCUCUGGGAAAACAGCUUUACAUUAUGCAGCGGCUCAGGGCUGCCUUCAAGCUGUGCAGGUUCUUUGUGAGCACAAAAGCCCUAUAAACCUCAAGGAUUUGGAUGGGAAUAUACCACUGCUGCUGGCAGUACAAAAUGGCCACAGUGAGGUCUGUCGCUUUUUGCUGGACCAUGGAGCAGAUGUAAAUUCCAGGGACAAAAGUGGAAGAACUGCUCUCAUGCUGGCUUGUGAGAUCAGCAGCUCUAAUAUCGUGGAAGCCUUAAUUAAAAAGGGUGCAGACCUAAACCUUGUAGAUUCUCUCGGACACAAUGCCUUACAUUAUUCCAAACUCUCAGAAAAUGCAGGAAUUCAAAGCCUUCUAUUAUCAAAAAUCUCUCAGGAUUCUGAUUUAAAGACACCAACAAAACCAAAGCAGCAUGAUCAAGUCUCUAAACUAAGCUCAGAAAGAAGUGGAACUCCAAAAAAACGCAAAGCUCCACCACCUCCUGUCAGUCCUACUCAGUUGAGUGACGUGUCUUCCCCAAGAUCAAUAACUUCAACACCACUUUCGGGAAAGGAAUCUGUGUUUUUUGCCGAACCACCCUUCAAGGCUGAGAUCAGUUCUAUACAAGAAAACAAAGACAGACUAAGUGACAGCACCACAGGUGCUGAUAGCUUGUUGGAUGUAAGUUCUGAAGCUGACCAACAAGAUCUUCUUGUCUUGUUGCAAGCAAAAGUCGCUUCUCUUACCUUACACAAUAAGGAAUUACAAGAUAAAUUACAGGCCAAAUCACCCAAGGAGGCUGAAGCAGACCUGAGCUUUGAUUCCUACCAUUCCACUCAAACUGACUUGGCUCCACCCUUGGGAAAACCUAAUGAAACUUCUCCAGACUCCAAACCAUCUCCAUCUGUCUUAACAAAUUCCUUGAGUAAAUCCACUCUCGACAGUGAGGGCCGAAUUCAGCAACUACAAGAGAUUUUGCAAGACCUGCAGAAAAGACUGGAGAGCUCCGAAGCAGAGAAGCAGCAGCUCCAGGCUGAGCUCCAGUCCAGAAGGGAGGAACCAGUGUAUGUAAACAGUGCAGAGAUUUCUGAGAACGGCUCUGACCUCAGCCAGAAACUGAAAGAAACCCAGAGCAAGUAUGAGGAGGCAAUGAAAGAAGUCCUCAACGUGCAGAAGCAGAUGAAACUGGGCCUCGUCUCGCCCGAAAGUGUGGACAGUUAUUCGCGUCUCCAGGAGCUAAGGAUCACCGAGGAGGAAAUAGAUGUGCUAAAGCAGGACCUCCAGAACGCAGUAGAAGAAAGUGAGAGAAAUAAAGAAAAAGUGAGAGAGCUAGAAGAAAAACUUCUAGAGAGGGAGAAAGUUAUGGUGAUUAAGCCUCCCGUGGAAGAGUACGAGGAAAUGAAAAGUUCAUAUUGCUCUGUUAUUGAGAACAUGAAUAAGGAGAAAGCAUUUUUGUUUGAGAAGUACCAAGAGGCCCAAGAAGAAAUCAUGAAAUUAAAAGAUGCCCUCAAGAGUCAGAUGACACAGGAGGCCGGCGACGAAGCUGAGGACAUGAAAGAGGCCAUGAACAGGAUGAUAGAUGAACUCAACAAACAGGUGAGCGAGCUGUCCCAGCUGUACAAGGAAGCACAGGCUGAGCUGGAGGAUUAUAGGAAGAGGAAAUCUCUAGAAGACGUAACGGCCGACUAUAUCCAUAAAGCGGAGCAUGAGAAACUGAUGCACGUGACGAACGUAUCCAGAGCUAAGGCAGAAGAGGCCCUGUCCGAAAUGAAGUCUCAGUACUCAAAGGUGUUGAAUGAGUUGACCCAGCUCAAACAGCUGGUGGAUGCACAGAAAGAGAACUCUGUCUCCAUCACAGAACAUUUGCAAGUGAUAACCACGCUGCGGGCUACUGCCAAAGAGAUGGAGGAAACGAUAAGCGGUCUCAAAGAACACCUCGCAAGCAAGGAAGGAGAAGUGGCAAAGCUGGAGAAGCAGCUCCAGGAAGAGAAGGCCGCGAUGACCGACGCCAUGGUGCCCAGGUCUGCCUACGCAAAGCUCCAGUCGUCAUUAGAAAGCGAAGUGAGUGUGUUGGCCUCCAAAUUGAAGGAUUCGGUGAAAGAGAAGGAGAAGGCCCAUUCGGAGGUUGCCCAGAUGAGAAGUGAGGUCUCCCAGAUGAAAAGGGAAAAGGAGAAUAUUCAGGCUCUCUUCAAAGCCAAAGAGCAGGAAGCCCAUGAAUUCCGGCAGCAAUUCCAGCACGCUCAGGAAGAGCUGGCCGAGCUGAAGAGACAGUCGGAGAGCUCUUCCAGACUGGAGGAGGAUAAAGACAAGAAGAUCAGUGAGAUGUCGAAGGAAGUCACCAAGUUGAAGGAGGCUCUGAACAGCCUGUCACAGCUCUCGUACUCCGCGAGCUCAUCCAAGAGGCAGAGUCAGCAGCUGGAAGUGCUGCAGCAGCAGGUCAAGCAGCUCCAGAACCAGCUGGCUGAAUGCAAGAAACAACACCAGGAGGUCAUAUCUGUUUACAGAAUGCAUCUUCUGUAUGCUGUGCAGGGCCAGAUGGAUGAAGACGUCCAGAAAGUACUGAAGCAAAUCCUUACCAUGUGUAAAAACCAGUCCCAGAAAAAGUAAAAUGGCUCCCUCAGCAGGACACUGCCCCCCUUGUUGUCCAUCUUCGUGGUAGAUCUGGAGUUGUCGGCAACCACUGCCAUUGUGCUCCCCCGUGGUACACACCGUGGCCUAGCAGAGCUUUUUCCUUUCCAAAGGCAGCUUUCUGAGGACUGGGCCCUGGAGAAGACUGUCCUCCUCACAACCGCUUAAGGACUUCAGAGCAGCAGAGGUGACACUCCCUCCUAUUAUCCCUUCAGAUCCCGGAGCUGGGGUCAGCCACACCCAGGGGCUGGUCCUGGUGCUGGCGGCUGGGCACCCUCCUUGGUAGCUGAGGGGAUUCCCCGGCUCCAUGUUGCUUUUGUCCCUCCACUCAGGCUGUGCCAUUCAGCACCGGGGGGGGGGGGGG